AUGUGUCCGAAUCCUUUAGACGGCCCCGGUGGUGUACUCGCUCACACUUCCUUUCCCAACGGAGAUGAUGAUUACGUCACGGAAGUGAACGUAGAUAGAGCGGAAUCGUGGCAUGUUCAUAUUAGUAAAAAUUCUCUACGCACGCACAGCCUGUUAUACGUGAUCGCGCAUGAAAUCGGCCACACAUUAGAUAAUUUCAUAUACGUAGUGUCAUAUCCUAGUUACAAAUUGAUUCGGAAACUUUCAUUCAACGAUUUCGGUCUUCCACCUACAGCCAGAAUCAAUACCGCAAUAAACACUAACAAAGGACGGAGAUUCAUUGUGUACAACGAUCACAUAGUCGGGGAAAUAGACGAUUGUUCAACACGAAUCAUGAAUCAUCGUUCAAUCGACGAGAUAUUUCCAGGAAUACCAACCGGAAUGACGACCGCAUUUCGAUAUACCGACGGAAAUUUAUACUUCGUUAAAAAUCAUUUCUAUUACAAAUUUAACGAUUUUGUCAAACUCAUCACGGCUACCG